CCUGGCGUGAGGUCUGGUGAGGUAUAUGUGCCAACGUCGGUUUCCCUGAACGGAUUUAUUAUCAGAGUACCAUUUGCUAAGACAGUUGCGUUGGCGGACUCGGGAAGAGCAGGUUUGUUGUCCGCUGUAACAAAUCCUGAGCAUCGUGGAUUCUUUUCACCUUCUUGGCAGUACUUGAUAAACUCUUCGACACCUGCUUUCCUCACCCGCUUCCAAGUGACGACUUCUUGUGGGAAAAAAAUUUUAAGGCGACCUCCAAUCUGA